AUGGAGAUUCCAGUUUUGCGGAUGCUACGCCACAUACAGUUAGAGUACCCCGUUGACCACCGAAUGGAAUUUCGACUUUAUCAUGUAACCCCAGGAAGUUAUGUCCGAGAAGGACGUCUGCACAAAGGUAGUAUGAAUCGAAUAGUUCUUUUAAUAGACAUGGAUUGCUUCUAUGUCCAAGUUGAACAGCGUUCCCGUCCAGAAACUCUUGGAAAGCCGUGUGCUGUCGCCCAAUAUAAUGGGGAAACAGGGGUGAGUUACGAAGCCAGGGCGGAAGGUGUCAAGCGUGGAAUGUGGGGGAAAACAGCCAUCUCGGUCUGCCCGAAUUUGAUUUUGUUCGAGGUUCCAGAGAAAAGGGGCAAAGCUGAUCUGGCCAAAUACAGAUCAGCUAGCGCUGAAGUUUUCCAGUGCAUUUCGGAACACUUCAAAGACGUGGAGCGAGCAAGUAUUGACGAGGCGUACGUCGAUCUCACAGAGCUUGUCACGUCCACUGUGCAGCAAACUGACUGGACUAAGUCCGAAGCGCAUCAGCCGAAUUCGGAGUCCUUUGUUGUUAUCGACUCCGGAUCAGUGCUGGGAGCUUCAGAAAAUGGAAUGUGCGCUUCGUUGGAUCGCUUGGAUUGGGUGAACUAUCUACAAGAACGCUUUAAUGAUGGAUUACGUUACGCUGUGGCCACGGAAUUAACUCACAAGCUGCGGCAAACUAUUCUAACACGCACUGGGUUUCGGUGUUCCGCAGGUAUAGCUCCAAACAAGGUACGCCAUGUCACCGGCUCAGGGGACGAGAUGGCUCAGUGGUUAGAGCGCAGAUUUAGUGGUCGGAAGGUCCGUGGUUCGAACCCGACCUCUUCCUCUCGAUUUCCCCUGUGUAGGCUUGGGCAACCUGACAGUAUUCCAGCCCUGUGCUUCCUUUGGGUUGCACGGCAGAUAGGCACCGAAAAGGUGUUACAGCUGAACUAUUCCCAUGUACAACCACGAUGCUUGCGACUAACAACACCCACAUGCCACAUCGGUCGCUGCGUUGUGUCGCCAGCCGGGUCACUUGAAUCGCUGCAUACAGCAGCGCAGUCUAAGGAAAACAUGUCACUACUGGCGCUUCCCUUCUUAUACUUUCAUUCUGCUUUCAAACCUGGAAAGCCAUUCUAUUUGGCUGCUUUUAAUAUUCGCACUGAAGCAAGCAGGACAAUAGGUGGUCCUUACUCGUACACUUAUUUUCUCAUUGAUGUAUGCUGUCUGUCAAAAUCAAGGAUACAUGACACAAGCACUGUAAUUGAACUGACUGACCAUGUUCCGGCUGCAAAACUCUAG